CUAUAAACUAUAAGUUCUUUAUGUGCUCAAGGUCUGCCUAAUCCGUUCGGCAAUAAAACGAUAAGAUGUUUAUCGUAGUACUGCAGUAGCCCUGCAUGACCUUGUUACCGACAAGGUUAAAAAUGGCCCACAGCCUAGAAAGGGGAUCUGACCCAAUGUUUAUAUGGAACUCGUCUCAAUGUGAAAAGGAACGUUGUUGUGGAGAGAACACUUCGCCAGUAGGUCUCAUUUUGAACAACAAGCCGUCGAAGUGACCGAAUAUUCUAAACAACGCGAACAUUUCCCAAGAAAGGGAUAGCAAAAUCAGCUCGAGUAGUCAUAAGAAAACUGUGAAAGAUCAACAUUAAAAUUUGUUUGUCAUGGAAAACGAAUCGGAAGCUGUAAACAUAGUGGCCAUGGGUGAUCCCAUGUCAAUGGACUAUGGAGUUCUUAUUGCCAUAAAUUCGACCGUGAGUAGCAACUGUACUAGUCGUUUCAAAAACGGUUGCAGUUCUCGUGAAAAACUACAUUUCCGCUUCUGGCCAGGCGAAAUUAACCCAUCACAGACGUCCCAAGGAUUGAUGGCUUUAACCGUUAUGCUGCUUCUGCUCUGCUUAAUUAUUACGUACUGCUGCUGGGGAACCUGUUGUAAGCUGAUUAAACGGAGAUCUACAAAUAGGAGAAGUAGAAGUCAAAUAUCUUUUGAUUCAAGCAUCUCCUGUGCCUCGGAUCCGAGGCUAAUGAUGAUGUGGUCUCUGCAUCAUCGUCGUGAAAUGUGUGCACAUCAUCCAGAGACAACGGUUGCUUUAGAUCAGCAUCGUAAUCACGUUUUGGUUAAACCAAGACCACUGCGACCAGACGUUCCUCCGCCUCCUUAUGAUGCUCUUUUUGGUCAAGAAAUUAGCUACGCUCCUCCGACGUACAGCUCACUGGCAUUGGAUCAAGCCCUGUCCCCAGCUAGUUUACGUCCGCAAGAAACCUGUGAAUCGUCGGUUUCCUCUAUCCCGGUCGUCACUGUGCGCAUAGAAAGGGAAGCUGAGAUACCAGAUGCAUCGGGAGACGUUAAUCGGGGUAGCUCUUUUGCUAGAAGUCAAAGCGUACCUGCCAUUAGCAACAACCCAUCUCAGAAUAAGCCUUUUGGAAUUAUCUUUAGGAUUGGAAACGAUGAUAGUGGAACGUUUGAAGACGACCACGAAGUAGCGAACUGAAGAUGAUUGACAAUUGCUGAUUUUAACUAUUAUCUAUUUUUAACUAUUCCCGUUUUGCUAUCGUGUUCUUAUAAUUGGUCAUUAACUUCGACUUGGCUGUUUACGGCUACGAAUGCUUAUUCA